AACAACUCGUGCAGUAUCACUAUAUCAACCUGCUCUCCCCUUCUUUUCUGCAGCUUUUUUAUACACAAUCACUUACCACAACAAAAAUGGCUCUCCCCAAGGUUUUCAUCAUCUCCUACUCGACCUACGGCCAUAUCCAUACUGUUUCACAGUCAAUUAAAGAGGGACUCGAGAAGACUGGUCUGGUUGAUAUCGAGCAUUACCAGUUCCCAGAGACACUCCCAGAUGAAGUCCUUGGCAAAAUGCAUGCAGCGCCCAAGCCAAAUAUCCCUGUCAUCACUGUUGACAAGCUGACUGAAGCUGACGGUUUCCUGUUUGGCUUCCCAACCCGCUUUGGUGCAGCACCCGCUCAGGUUAAGGCACUGUUUGAUGCCACUGGCAGCCUGUGGGCCAAGGGGGCCCUGUACGGCAAGCCUGCUGGCAUUUUCUUCUCUACAGGCUCACAGCAUGGUGGGCAGGAGACAACCGCAUUCUCCUUCCUGCCCAAUCUGGCACACCAUGGCAUGAUCUACGUGCCUACUGGAUUCCGUAACCAGAAUCUGUUUGACAACUCGGAGGUUGUUGGCGGGUCGCCCUGGGGCACUGGAACUGUUGCUGGUGGCGAUGGCUCCCGUCAACCUAACGAGAAGGAACUGUCUGUGGCUGUGACACAGGGCGAGGAGUUUGCCAAGGUCGUUGCCCGCCUCUCGGCUUAA